AAUGGCUGAGCUCAGCUAACUGAAAGGAACUCAUGCCUUACAGCUCACGUGCAUGUGUGUGCAUGUGCAUGUGUGUGUGUGUGUGUGUGUGUGUGUGAUGUUGUGUUUGUGGUAAAUUCCAUUUCCCAUGACUCCCAAAAUAUUUUCGGAGACCUCCUCUCAAGACAUUUAUUCACGUUUCUUCUGUAUCAAUCUAAUCAAAUUUCCAUUCAUGGCACAUGUGCCUUCUUAUUUUCUCAACUCUGUAUUUGAUAAUCUCUUAAAGAAAAAACCCUAAUAGAAAUUCCCUGGAAAUAAUUUACAGGACUAAUGAAUUUGUAGGUCUUUUAGACAGUUCUACAUUACAGUCACAUUAAUAUUCUUUCCUUUUUUAUAAGGCUUGAAGUAAAUCCCAUGACACUAGAAGAAUUUAGAUACUGAUUACUUGCGAUUGGUUCCUGGUGAUUUGCUCUUAAUAAUUUCCAGUUGAAUUUAAUGAAAGUAUGAUUCCUGAAAUGCUGCUUCAUUAAAAUUGCAUCUUUUUCCCUUUAAGUGUGGUUUCGGUCAUUUCACCCAUUUUGGGGGGUUUUUUCCGCCCCCCCCCCCCCCCCCCCGCGCCUGUUAAAAAGAAAUGAUUGAGAAAGCAGAGACAAUUAAGAAUAUCACUUCAGUCCCUCCUAGAACUCACCCCCAGAGUUUCUCCGACUGAAAUGAUGCAAGCUGUACUUCAUCAGGAUUUCACAACUCUUUUCCCCACUGAUGAUAUUUUUUCCAUAGAGUUUUAAACGAGAAACACAGGAAGAUUUGGGAAGAGUAAGGGAAAGGAAAGUGAAGAAAGAAUCUGUUGCAUCUGCAGGAGAAGUAGAAGGUCUUUUGUAUUUUUAUUUAAAAAAAAAGCGAGAGCUUGAUUAAGUUAUACCGUGCAGCAUUCAGACUUAAUUUAACUGAGAUGGUGAUUUGCAAAUGAAUAUCUACAUGGAUCCUUUUUAAAAAUCCAAAUGCAAAUGAGUACAACUGCAGUAAAAUAUAUUUGCAAAUGAAUCCUGUUGCUUUAUUCAUUUAUUGUGUAAUUACUGCAAUCCUUCCCACCUUGUUUUCAGUAUUUCUUAAUCAUUAAGUCGGAAGCAUGACAGCAGUGCCAGCCCUGGCAUGAUUCUCUUUGACUAAAACCUUGUAAAUUAACACAAUUAGCACAGCAUCAUCCUGCUAAUUAACUUCCAGUGUCUGGUGCAGUGGUUUUGCAAACAAGGAAGAGGGAGUCAGAAGGGAAUCAACAUGCCAUUCUGUUACCAAACUCUGUGCUGUGUUCAGUUUAGCUCAGCAAGUCAAAGCUGGCCAUGUCAGAAGCCAGAGUCAGGGAAUGAAGAGCUAAAGGGGUUGGAGAAGGAAGGCAGAAGGGGGUCGGAGCUGUCAAAAUAGACUGCAGUAAUUCAGAAGGGAGCUGAUGCCACAGAUGCUUCACUUAGACCAGGCCUCCUCUUUAUCCAGGAAUCUCUGCCAGAGGGCAUAAGACAGUUCACAAAACUCACUUUGGGUAAUACAAAGGAGAUGAAGGAGGCCUACUUAAUGUAGCUGGACCAGAAUAGGAAGUGUUGGAACCGAGCAGAGAUUGGAAUGGGGUGAGCCAGCCCUGGGAAACAAAACAGGGUUCUGGUGCUCUCCUGUAACUAAGUCUAUGUGAAUCCCCGAGGGUACGUUAUAAAUCCCUUUGGGUGCGGGUUCCCUAAUCUGUGAAAUAAGGUCAUUUCUAAGGUCUCUUUAAACUGUGAAAUUCAAGUGAUUCUCUGAUUCUGAGCAAAUACUCUUGCUUUACAGUUUGCUACUUAAGUCACCUUGCUUCAGUUAGUAAUCUAGCAAGUGAUAGAAUUACCCAUAGCAUCUCAUUAUCUGGCUGCACUCUUUGAGUUUAUGCCACACACUGCUUCCCACAGAAAUGUAGAGAGAAUCCAGAUUCUCUCCCUGUUCUCUAUUCUUAUAAGAAACAGGUCCCUUUCACCUGUUUCCUUCCUCCCUCCCUUUCUCUCUUCCUCCCUCCCCCUUCUCUCUCUCUCCACACACAAACACACAUAAUAGAUAUAUGCAUAUAUAGGUAUAUGUGCAUGGACAUAUAUGUGUGUGUGUAUAUAUAUGCAUAUAUAUAUAUGUAGGAUAUAUAUAUAUUUGUAGGUAUUUGUAUGUGUGUGUGGAUAUAUAUGUGCAUAUGUAUCCUCCCCUCUUAGCACUGGGAGACUGUAAAGCAGAGGGAAGAAUUAUAGGAGAAGGAGGGAGAACGCCAGCUGGAAGACCGACAGACAAGUGAUGCUUGUUUUUUUUUCCAGAGACUCAACAACAGAACUGAGAGGCAGAAAGGAGCCAGUUGUAAUUCAUACCGAGUUGUAGGCUUUGUGCGAUGAAAGCGAUGGAGCGCUGCCUGGGAGAUUGCUUUGCUGCACUCCACGAAGCAGAUUUGAAACUGUCGUGGAGCACUUUAGAUGAGAGUUGGAUUAUGGAAUGACCUGCUAUGUCUGUGUCAUAUUGUUCUGCGCAGGGAGCAUUAUACUGUGCUAACUAGGUGUUCAGUGCCAAAUAAGAGAGGGGUCCUAGAUGUGAUCUGUCAGCUGUGUCUCAUUUUUAUAUUGGUUAAAAUAUAAAACAGAAACUCUGAUGUCAAGAGACGGAACAGCUAGCUAUUGCACAUGCUUAAUAGUAUCACGUGCUAGAUAUUGAAAAGACAUGCCUAUUUCAUUGUAAGAACCUGUGACUGAAUUCUAAUUUGACAGGAAGGUGUGAGUACAUAUACGUGCGUUCCUGCGUGUGGGUAGCAAGUAACUUGAUAGGCUUCACAGAAGCAGAUUUGCUUAUUACUUAAAAAAAAAAAAAAAAAAAAAAAAAAAAGGCCUACAGAGUUCUUGUUUAAAUUCGGUUUACUUUUUACACAGGACUGAACUUCGGUCCAUUUUAUUUAUUUAUUUAUUUUAAUUUUUUUGAGACAGGGAGAGACAGAACAUGAACAGGGGAGGGUCAGAGAGAGGGAGACACAGAAUCUGAAACAGGCUCCAGGCUCUGAGCUGUCAGCACAGAGCCCGACACGGGGCUCGAACUCACGGACCGCGAGAUCAUGACCUGAGCCGAAGUCGGCUGCCCAACCGACUGAGCCACCCAGGUGCCCCAACUUCGGUCCAUUUUAAAGCGUACCUACGGUACGGAUCGUAAGAGAUACGAUGAACUGUGAGAAUUCUUUAUAAUGUCGAUGUCAUUAGAGAGGAAUAGGUAACGAAAGAAGUUGGGGGAAAGCUUUAACACUUCUGAUGAGUAUCUCCGUAAAUUAACGUUUCUCCCCUCCUCGCCCUUUCCUCCCCAACCCCCACCCCCCAACCCCGCAACCCUCAGGCUUGAAGAUGCAGUGGACGCCGGAGCAUGCCCAGUGGCCAGAACAGCACUUUGACAUCACCUCAACCACUCGGUCUCCUGCCCACAAAGUUGAAGCCUACCGAGGUCAUUUGCAGCGCACCUAUCAGUAUGCCUGGGCAAACGAUGACAUAUCUGCUCUGACUGCCUCCAACCUGCUAAAAAAAUACGCAGAGAAGUAUUCUGGCAUCCUAGAAGGCCCCGUGGACCGGCCCGUACUCAGCAACUACUCGGACGCGCCCUCGGGGCUGGUGAACGGGCGGAAGAAUGAAAGCGAACCCUGGCAGCCUUCCUUGAAUUCGGAAGCGGUCUAUCCCAUGAACUGUGUCCCGGAUGUCAUCACGGCCAGCAAAGCCGGAGUCAGUUCGGCCCUCCCUCCGGCAGAUGUCUCUGCCAGCAUAGGGAGCUCUCCUGGGGUGGCCAGCAACCUGACAGAACCUAGCUACUCGAGUAGUACCUGCGGAAGCCACACCGUGCCCAGCCUUCACGCAGGGCUCCCGUCUCAGGAAUACGCCCCGGGAUACAACGGCUCGUAUUUGCAUUCGACGUACAGCAGCCAGCCGGCGCCUGCCCUGCCCUCACCUCACCCCUCCCCUUUGCAUAGCUCCGGGCUCCUGCAGCCCCCCCCGCCGCCCCCCCCGCCGCCCGCCCUGGUCCCGGGCUACAAUGGGACUUCUAACCUCUCCAGUUACAGCUAUCCCCCCGCCAGCUACCCGCCUCAGACUGCCGUGGGAUCUGGGUACAGCCCCGGGGGCGCGCCGCCGCCUCCUUCAGCCUACCUGCCUUCAGGAAUCCCUGCUCCGACCCCUCUGCCCCCCACCACUGUUCCUGGCUACACUUACCAGGGCCAUGGUUUGACACCUAUCGCCCCCGCGGCUCUGGCCAACAGUUCGGCGAGUUCUCUCAAAAGGAAAGCUUUCUAUAUGGCAGGGCAAGGAGAGAUGGACUCCAGUUACGGAAAUUACAGCUACGGCCAACAGAGAUCUACACAGAGCCCCAUGUACAGAAUGCCCGACAACAGCAUUUCAAACUCGAAUCGGGGGAAUGGCUUUGACAGAAGUGCUGAAACAUCAUCCUUAGCAUUUAAGUCAACGAAGCAGCUAAUGUCCUCUGAACAGCAAAGGAAAUUCAGCAGCCAGUCCAGUAGGGCUCUGACCCCUCCUUCCUAUAGUACUGCUAAAAAUUCCCUGGGAUCGAGAUCCAGCGAAUCCUUUGGGAAGUACACGUCGCCGGUAAUGAGUGAGCACGGGGACGAGCACAGGCAGCUCCUCUCUCACCCGAUGCAAGGCCCUGGACUCCGUGCAGCUACCUCAUCCAACCACUCUGUGGACGAGCAACUGAAGAAUACCGACACGCACCUCAUUGACCUGGUAACCAAUGAGAUUAUCGCCCAAGGACCACCGGUGGACUGGAAUGACAUCGCUGGCCUCGACCUGGUAAAGGCCGUCAUUAAAGAGGAGGUUUUAUGGCCAGUGUUGAGGUCAGACGCGUUCAGUGGACUGACGGCCUCACCUCGGAGCAUCCUUUUAUUUGGGCCUCGGGGAACAGGCAAAACGUUACUGGGCAGAUGCAUAGCUAGCCAGCUGGGGGCCACGUUUUUCAAAAUCGCUGGUUCUGGACUCGUUGCCAAGUGGUUAGGAGAAGCAGAAAAAAUCAUCCACGCGUCUUUUCUCGUGGCCAGGUGCCGCCAGCCCUCGGUGAUUUUUGUCAGUGACAUUGACAUGCUUCUCUCCCCUCAAGUGAGUGAGGAACACAGUCCAGUCAAUCGGAUGAGAACGGAAUUUCUGAUGCAGCUGGACACUGUACUAACUUCAGCUGAGGACCAAAUCGUAGUAAUUUGUGCCACCAGUAAACCAGAAGAAAUAGAUGAAUCUCUUCGGAGGUACUUCAUGAAACGACUUUUAAUCCCACUUCCUGACAGCACAGCGAGGCACCAGAUAAUAGUACAACUGCUCUCACAGCACAAUUACUGUCUCAAUGACAAGGAGUUUGCACUGCUCGUCCAGCGCACAGAAGGCUUUUCUGGACUAGACGUGGCUCAUUUGUGUCAGGAAGCAGCGGUGGGCCCCCUCCACGCCAUGCCAGCCACAGACCUUUCAGCCAUCAUGCCCAGCCAGUUGAGGCCCGUUACGUAUCAAGACUUUGAAAAUGCUUUCUGCAAGAUUCAGCCUAGCAUAUCUCAAAAAGAGCUUGAUAUGUAUGUUGAAUGGAACAAAAUGUUUGGUUGCAGUCAGUGAUAACUUCUUUAAAAAAAAAAAUGUAAUGAAUGUUGGCACACACACAUAAAACCUGCUACAUAGGGUAUAGAGCCCCUUUCCAGUAGUGUUUAAAUCGCAAAGGGUACUGGGGAAGAUGACGAUUGCGUUGCAUCUUUAGCGUCAGGGUAGAUUUGGAGGAAAAACGCAUCAGAUGAGAGCUGCUGAUUUGAAAGCCCCAGAUGACAGAAAGCAUCUGUUGAUGCUCAGUUCGGUUCAAGCCAGACAACACUCACCAAGGAGCAAGGUGCAAGUGUGUUGAUUUCAGAAGGACGUGAACCUUGUGUGUUGAUUCCAUUCUGCUGUUCUCGAGAUUUAGUUGCUGUCAAGUGCCUGGAGUGGUGCUUUAUUUUUUGUUUGCCUCACAAUUACAUUGGUGGCAUGUGCUAAUAUAAAGAGCUUUAACUUCAAACAUUAUUGGACUAAAGAGAUGAACGGUUGUGUUACGACAGAAAACCAGAUUUUUGCCAUUUUAAGAGCAACAGUAUUCCUCAAUCCUGUCUGUUCUGCAGUAUUAAGCUAAGAACAGUUAAAACAGGGUAACGGUAAUCUGGACCUUAAUUUCUGCAGUUCAUUUCUUUUAAUGUUCUUGUCUGCAAAAACUCAGGAAAGCGAUUGUGAUUUGUACAGUACCUCAAAGGAAUGUGUUGAAAGCACUAUGUACUGCUGAGAGUAAUGGGAUAGGCUUCGAUGUUACUUUAUAUUAAAAUGUAUGUUUACCUCAACAAUUGGAAGAUAGCAAGGAAAAUUACUUUGAAUGUAUCCAGAAACAUACUGACGUGUGAUACAACUGAAUAUUUACGACUUAAAGUAGAAAUGGAAGGAUUUUUUUUAAAAAAGAUUCUUUUACUAAUUAUGGGGAAUAAACCAGAGCAGAAUAGUUCUUUAUGUCAAAAACUGCAAGAGUUCUUCGUACAUUGCUCCUUGAUAAUGAAGUGAAAAUGUUCUUAAAAGGUACACUGGUUAAUGGAAAGCUACUUACUCAGUUUAUGUUAGUACCUAGAACACUCAGCCACAAGACCUGUUUAGGACCCUGAAAGUCACAGUACCUAAAAACUAGGACUGCCUUUUACUGCAUAGGGUGGUGGUGAUGUUGGUUUGCAAGUUCUCUCUUAAAACUGCUGGGAAUGGUGUCAUUCUAUUCACUAAUCUAGCUUAUAGGCUUGUCGUGCUGUUUGAUAGAAUGCAGAAGAUAGCAAGCAAAAACAAAGAAAUAAAUACAAAAUCAACCAA